GGCAGCAGGAAGGUAAACCCGAGCCAACCGCUGCUGGGACACCGCCAGCCCGAGGCUGUUGGGCACCGGUUAUCCAUCGACCAGUCUCCUGGCUCUCUGUCGGGGAGUGAAUGCGGUUGAUGCUUUUCUGCUGCACCUGGAAGAACGAACGCAUGGGAGAGGAGGAAGUUGGAGGAAGUUUGCCCGUGUGUGCCGGGUGCAAACAAAGAAUCUACGAUGAACAGUAUCUUCAGGCACUCAAUGCUGAAUGGCAUACCGUCUGCUUCAGAUGCUGUGAGUGCAGUAGCUCGCUGUCCCACUGGUACUAUGAAAAAGAUGGACGGCUCUUCUGCAAAAAAGACUACUGGGCCAAGUUUGGCGAGCUGUGCCAUGGCUGCAAUGACCUCAUCACCACUGGCCUCAUUAUGGUUGCAGGGGAGCAAAAGUAUCACCCUGAAUGCUUCACCUGUCUGAAUUGCCGAACAUUCAUCGGUGAUGGAGACACGUAUGCUCUGGUGGAGCGAUCCAAACUCUACUGUGGACACUGUUACUACGAGACUAUCGUCACCCCCGUGUCGCUGCCGGACUCGCCAUGCUCGCGGAUCCCUCACACGGUCACGCUGGUGUCGAUCCCCGCCUCCGCCGAGGGUACUAACGGGCGACGGGGGAGGGGCUUCUCUGUGGCUAUCGACCAGCCGAUCAGCCCCAAUGAAGGCUGCAGUCCUGAACUCGCACGCACCGUCAGGGUUUCUCAGGUGGAUUCUGAUUGCUUUAGUCCAGAUGUCAAAAAUUCCAUCCAUGUGGGAGACAGGAUCCUAGAAAUCAAUGGAACCCCCAUUCACAACGUUCCUCUGGACGAGAUCGACCUGCUCAUUCAGGAAACGAGUCGGCUGCUGCAGCUCACCAUUGAACACGACCCUCACAGUCGGGUGCAAGACGGGAGCUCUUCAGAGUCUGGGGAGCAGGUGGAUGGCCCACUUUCCCCGCAACUGUCUGCGGGGCCCAGCCCCAUCUUACCCAUCCUGCCUAUCACACAAUCCCCCAUCCCUGACAUGAGCAACUUGAAAUCACGCCUUGUCACGCGGAGCUAUAGCAUCGAAAAGUCGCCAGGCUCCAGCAAAGCUGCGUCCCCCAUCUCGCAGGGGAAAGACAUCAACCGCUCCGAGUCGCUCCGAGUCAUCCCCAACCGGACGCACCGCAUCUUUCGCCCCUCUGACCUCAUCCACGGAGAAGUGCUCGGGAAGGGCUGCUUUGGACAAGCCAUCAAGGUGACCCACAGGGAGACAGGAGAGGUCAUGGUUAUGAAAGAGCUGAUUCGCUUCGAUGAUGAAACGCAGAGAACAUUCCUGAAAGAGGUGAAGGUGAUGCGUUGCUUGGAUCACCCCAAUGUGCUCAAAUUCAUCGGCGUCCUCUACAAAGACAAGCGACUGAACUUCAUAGCAGAGUACAUCAAGGGUGGCACCUUGAGGGAAAUCAUAAAGAAAAUGGAUAGCAACUACCCUUGGAACCAGAGGGUCAGUUUUGCCAAGGACAUAGCUGCGGGCAUGUCGUAUCUGCAUUCCAUGAACAUCAUCCACCGAGACCUGAACUCUCACAACUGUCUUGUCCGGGAGAACAACACGGUGGUGGUGGCAGACUUUGGAUUGGCCCGACUCAUGGUGGAUGACAAACACGAAGAGAAGUUUUCGCAGGGUAAACUGCCGGGUCUGAAGAGGCCCGAUCGCAGGAAGAGGUACACCGUGGUGGGGAACCCUUACUGGAUGGCACCUGAAAUGAUCCAUGGAAAGAGUUACGAUGAGAGGGUGGACAUCUUCUCAUUUGGUAUUAUGCUAUGCGAGAUCAUUGGCAGGGUCAACGCUGACCCAGAUUACCUCCCGAGAGCGGUGGAUUUUGGACUGAACGUUUCGGGCUUCCUUGAGCACUACUGUCCUCCCGAUUGUCCCACGGCCUUCUUCCCCAUUGCUGCUGUGUGCUGUGACCUCGACGCUGAUAAACGCCCGGCUUUUUCCAAACUGGAGCAAUGGUUGGAAAAUCUGAAGAUGCACUUGGACAUGGCCCUGCCGCUCGUGUCUGAAGUGGAACAGCUGCACAAGGCAUUCUGGGAGAACAACAGCAUCACUCGGUCCGAGAACGGCCUGCACAUCCACCCUGAUGAGCGAGAGUAAAGCGUGAUGGGACAGGAGAAGGGUCCAAGUGACGGUCUGCCCCUUGCGGCGACGGAAUCGUGUCUUGUAACUCGGGCCACGCCCCAAGCAGAUGCAAUACGUACAGCUUGGCUCAGGCCUGGCAAGUAGACUCAGGGGCACAAGCGUGCAUCUGAAAAGCCACUUGUUCAAGACGAGCGCACAUAGUCUUAAGUCCAGUGGAGAGAUUGUCACUCUGACAAGCCGGAUUCUGCUACACAUGACACUCAUGUAGAGCAUGACGUAUGCAAUCAGCAUCCAUCUUCAAUUCAUAGCUCCACCCUUUGCAUAAUGUAGAUUUACAUUUGCAGUUACUAGAGAAGAUAAUGAUGUGACUUAAGCAGAAAGUUUGGACCUCUACAGGAAGCAUUGCUACCUUGAUUUAGUCGCAUGUCCUGUUUGUCACAUAAUGUGUACAAACCCAGUUGAAUUUCAAAUUUCCUCUAUCGUUGACUAGAGAGUGCAUGGCUGUACAUUUUGGCUUCAUUCUUAUUCAUCAUGUCCCAGAACUGUUAAUGCUGAUUGUGUAGCACUGAUUCAACUCUGAGGUACACACACACACGCGCACACACACACGCUCACACAUGAUUUGGGCUAAAUUGAGUUAUAGUCUUUAGCAUCUCUACUCCCUCGUAAUGUGGCAUCCUCAGUUUUCUAAUGUUCAAAGUGUACAUAGAUAGCAACAUUGUAAAUGUGUUAAAUAUUGUACAUGUAAAGACAUAUUUUCUAUACGUAUUUGCAUCAUUGCCAUAUUUGUAUUGGCUGGCUCAACUUUAGUUACAAUUAUGGAGAUUGGAAGGUUUUGACUGCAGUUUCUGGGUGUCGGCAUUUGAUAGUUGAUUGUGGAUUGCAGUGGAGUCACUGCUCUCCAUUUGAUUUCUUGAGCUGUUGCAACGUGUAUUUCAGUUUUUGGUUGACUGCUCCUUCAGAGUUAACUGCAUCGAAGCUUUCCCCCCUAACCAUGUGGACUAUCAUUCAAACACCCUUCAAAUUUUGAAAUGCAAAAAUAAAAAUGGGUGGCGCACUGGUUAGCACGUCCGCCUCAGUUAGGAAGGUGCAGGUUCGAUUCCACCUCUGGCCCUCCCUGUGUGGAGUUUGCAUGUUCUCCCCGUGCCUGUGUGGGUUUUCUCCGGGCACUCUGGUUUCCUCCCACAUCCCAAAAACAUGAUGGUAGGUCGAUUGAGCACUCCAAAUUGUCCCUAGGUGCAAGUGUGGAUGGUUGUUCGUCUCUGUGUGCCCUGCGAUUGGCUGGCAACCAGUUCAGGGUGUCCCCCGCCUACUGCCCGAUGACUGCUGGGAUAGGCUCCAGCACCCCCAUAGGGACAAGCAGUAUAGAAGAUGAAUGGAUGGAAAAUAGUAAUGUAUCCAGUAUAGCUUUAUGUUGUUCCUUUAUUUAUUGUUUACAUGUACAUUCUGUCUGUAAAUAUCGCUUUAUAUUGUGUGUCUUUACUCAUGUCAAUUGCAGUGAUGUGCACAAUGGCACCACUUGGAAAUGAUCGCUUCCCCCCCAAAAAAAAUCUCACUUGCACCUUUUAAAUCUCUUGGCUGUAAACUCAAAUGUUUCAUUUGACAAGCUGCAUGGUACAAUUGCUAUUAGUCGGUUUGCCUUCUAAGCCUGAAUAUUGUGAUGUUAAAGAACAUUUUUAAAUAGAUAGUAAACAAAACAGCAUCUGUUUUAUAUAUAAAUAUAUGGAAACCACUGAAAUCUUUUGUAUGGAUUUUCAUUUGCACUAUAUUAACCAAAUGGCUGGUUAAAGCCAUGUUUUUUUAUUUCCUUCUUUGGGCUACUUGUGAUAAUAAGGAAAUGAUGUCGGUUCAGGUUGAUUAAAUGAUGCAAGACACUGAUUGAGCCUUUUAAUAUGUUGACGUACAGGAAAAUCUAUCCUCAUGUAAUCUUACUGGACUUGGUUAUUAAAAUGAAACUUUUGACAUCUUUCAUGCUAAUUUUUGAUUGAUCUGUGGUGAAAAUUUUAGAGUAGGAUUUAAACUUUCAAGAUAUGCAUGUCCAGUUUGAAUGCCACAGAGGAUAGAGUUGUCCUGUGUUAGCUUCUUCAAGGAUGUGAUGUCCCAACUCUGCUUGCUGCCUUGCUCAGUGGUCCUUUGUCAAUCAUGUUGUGUGUCGUGUCUGAUGGCUUGUCUGCAAUCACUGAACAUCUUUUGCCCAAAGUAGAACUUUUGCCUCCCGUAGUCUAUUGGCUCAGGGCCGUCAAUUUCCUGGUUUUCUUUAACCAUGAAGUCGCUCCAGAACACAGUAGUAACAGACGUAAAGGGCAUGUGAUCAGUCGCUUCCUAUUCAAAAUUGCUUAUUUAUAGCAAACCAUUCCACGGUGAUGUGUUACCAGUGUACCAACUCUAAUUCUUAUGUGAGCAUGUCGAUGAUGUCUCGGUGAGGACGAUGUGAUGAUCAAUUAGAAUGUUGCCGCAGCACUUCUUUGCAAAGGAUCAAUACCUCUGAUCAAUGCUGUGCCUUUGUUGUAAGCUAGCCUUGCUAACACUUGAAAAUGACCUUAUUUCCUGAUUUUUAUUUGUAUCAUACACCCAAGCCUGAUUUCAGUGGGCUGAAUAUCAUGUUUAUAUAAGAUUUUCUCCUUGUCCUUUGCUUAUAUUUAUAUCUUCCUGAGCUUCACUCAAGUUUUGAUAUAUUAAUAUUCUAAUUCUUUUGUUGUCUUAUUUAAGUUUUACACAAGCUGUGAAAACUAUUCUGCACUUUAAAUCCUGAGCGUGAACAUUCGGACUCUUGAGGAGACGAGUGUUAUUUUUUAAUUUUACUUGUUGUCACGGCUUAAAAUAAAAUUGUUGCUCCUUAAAGAAA